CAACCACAGCGUUUCCGUCUCUGGAGACUUGAUAAAAAUUGAACAACAAGUCGGCUUGCGGUAAAAAAAAAACGUCAUCAACUCCUACGCACAUGUAUCGCCCAUAAAACUAUAGAAACAUAUCAACCAGAGUUGGUAUCUGAAAAACACUUGUCGUUAAUAAGCUUAACAGUAAAAACUAGAAAUAUGGGUCUGGCGUCGUCUGGGAAUUCGAUUAAUAAAGAUAUCUUUUGAUGUCUCUAUGACGGGAAAAAGUAAGGGAAAAGCAUCGUGACUUACAAUUAAUAUAUUAUAUUUAUUUAUUUUUUAUAUUUAUAUAUUAAUAUGUCCAAUGACCUUCAGUCCUUCGCCUACGCCCACGGAAAUAAGGGUUUAAAAUCAUUAACUAAUCAGAAAUGUUCUGGAUCGGAGCAAUAGUAUAGGCCUAUAGCUUCAUUUAGUUAGUAGAUUUUCAGCCAUCAUAAAGAUAUAACGUCCAACUAAUUCAGUAUACAAAGAACGGUCGAUAUAGGUAGCCGAUGUGAAAAGUGUAUUAAAAAGCCGCUUUUUACGAUAAGCCAUAUAAAUGUGAAAACUUUUACACCGCUUUUACAUGAUGAAAUUGUCGAACCUAAGCUAAAAUAUAUUGUACCUUUCAAGGCUUGAUGACUUAACCAAACAGCGACAUAGAAUUUAUUAAAAAAAAAAAUAAAAUAAAAAAACAAGCUUGCGUCAGCGGUAGCUUUGUUCAUUCUGGAGUCAAAGUUUAACGUUCUGCGACAAGUACGGUUGUGAACUUUUUCUGUUCUGUCUGUAGCAGCGCUAAUUUAACUGAAAGUAAGCAAGAAAACCAAGUUUACAUUAUUGGAGAAAGGCCGGAUGAUGAAUUCGAUUAAGAGAUAUAUUCAGUACUCGAAGUUGGGUCAGUGUUUGGUUUUUUCGAAAGGGAUCUUGAUUGGUUUUGUAUUAGGACUUUUGGCUGUCCAUCUUUUGGCGCCAUCUUUUGAAUAUACGUCUUUACAUAUUAAUGAGUUAAGUCAACAGCCAACAGUUUUUCAGAUUGCUGAUCAACCAGUCACUUUAGAAACAAAACGUGACCGUAUCCGUAUUCUCUGCUGGGUUACCACUUCACCUAAAACACAUUCGAGAGCUCAGUUAAUCAAGGAUACUUGGGGAAGACGAUGUGACAAAUUACUCUUCAUGAGUUCCAUUCAAGACGAUACGCUACCGGAUGCAAUUAUCCUGCCGACAGUGAAUGAUACAUACGAAAAUCUAUGGGGAAAGACGCAAGAGGCUCUUAAAUAUCUUUAUCUCCACCACGUAGAUGACGCCGAGUGGUUCUACAAAGCAGACGAUGACACUUACGCUGUACUAGAAAAUAUGCACUAUUUACUUUCGGGAUUUGACGCUUCAACAGCUCUCUAUCUGGGGUUCAAAUACAAGAACCCGGGUGUGCGACAAGGAUUCAUGUCGGGUGGUUCAGGCUACGUUUUAACCAAAGAAGCCAUCCGGCGAUUCGUAGAAAUUGGUCUUCCGAAAUUAAAUUCACCACAGAUUACCCACAACGUGUGUGUUUCUGGCCCUAAAGGGCUCGAAGAUCUAAAUUUGGGGAGCUGCUUAGCGAAAUUAAACGUGACCGCAGGCGACUCUCGUGACAAAAGCGAAAUGGAGCGAUUCUUACCAAUGAGUCUCGAAAAUAUGAUGUGCGGUAACUUAAAUUGCCCGGAAAAUGAUUUUCUUCAACAGUGGGCGUUCUAUCCUCUCAAGAUGGGUAUAGAAUGUUGUUCUCCUUACGCUGUCUCUUUCCACUAUGUUAGGGAUCAUGAGCUCAAGAUCUACGAAUACCUUAUCUAUGGCUUGAGGAUGUAUGAGCGAAGAAAAACUAAUUUUGAGGAAGGAUCUAUUGCGUUCUUCGACUAGCUUCCGAGAAUACUCUUAAAAGAAUUAACGGGACAUAGCUCCAACACAUAAAUCAUCGUUUCAAUUUAAACGAGAAUUAAAGGAAUAUAAUCUUCAAAGAUUGUCUGUUUGCCUCAUCGUAUAUUCGUAUGUUCCUAAAAGUAUUACGUGUAUACUUGAGAACGAAUACAUUUUUCAUUAGUAAAUCAGAAAAUUCAGAGGAAGAAGUAUAGGCAUACAUUUUCUAGUGAUGUUACGUUAUAGGAUUUCGACUACGUUUACGUUAACCGUUAAGUUAACGCGGCUUUGAAAUUUAUACGUUAAGUUAAUACAUUAAUUAACGCGUUGUUUG